AUGGUGCGAACCAAAGCGGGUGUGCGGCGAUACGAUGUGUCUUCUAGUUCCUCAAGGAAUAAUUUAACUGUUGAAGAUUUCGUAUUUCCUGCAACACAUCAUCGAAAUAUCUCUUCGGAACUCCAACAUAUACGAGGAUGUGGAAAGGACCGGAAAAAGGUAAUCAGUGAAUUUGAAGAAGGCCUGAGUCGCAGUGGUGGGCAUCCUCGAUAUGGUUGUAAAGCUAUGCAUGACUCGAAAAAGCGUUCUCAACCCUACAGGCCAGGCGUGAGAGUGCUUAAGGAAAUCCGAAAAUAUCAAAAAUCGACGAAGCUGUUGAUCAGAAAGCUGCCCUUUGCCCGUCUUGUUAGGGAAAUUGCAAAUGAAAUGUCUGAUUCUUCUGUUGGGUACCGUUUUGCAGUGGAAGCGAUCGCUGCACUUCAGGAGGCUGCAGAAGCUUUCAUGGUCCAAUUUUUUGAAAACGCUCUUUUGUGCAGUCAGCACGCUAAACGGAUAACAGUAAUGCAACGCGAUGUUCAACUCGUUCGUCGGUUGUUCAAUAUUUGA